UUGGCGCGGGUAAUUCAUUUUGGUCGAAAGUCGAAACAAUGGACAGAGUUGUUAUUUUGGUUGACAUGGACUGUUUCUAUGUCCAAGUGGAACAAAGAUGCAAUCCGAACCUUAAAGGAAAACCUGCUGCUGUUGUCCAGUAUAAUUCAUGGAAGGGAGGAGCAAUAAUUGCAGUGAGCUAUGAAGCAAGGAAGUUUGGUGUAACCCGUCAGAUGCGAGGUCAGGAAGCUCGACAAAAAUGUCCAGACAUCCAGCUUGUUACGGUACCUGAGAAAAGGGGAAAGGCUGAUCUUACAAGAUACAGAGAAGCAGGAGCAGAAGUAAUAACAGUCCUGUGCAAGUACAGCGAUAGCGUUGAGAGGGCCAGCGUGGACGAGGCCUACGUUGAUGUCACAGACCAGGUCCAGACAAGGCUGGCCCAGAUGGAGAACCAAGGUCAGGUCCUUGAUCCUGAACAACUGCCUCAGACCUUCAUUGCCGGUCAUGAUGUCGCUGAAGAGGGUGUUGAUAUAGAAGACGUGCGAAAGAGAGGACUAGAAACCUGGCUAACCUCAUCAGACAUAGAAAGAAAGAGACUCGGCGUUGGGGCGUUGAUUGCAGAGGAAAUGAGAGCAGCAGUUUACGACGAAUUAGGAUUUCGGUGUUCUGCUGGCAUAUCACAUAACAAGAUGCUAGCCAAGAUAGCAUGUGGAUUCCACAAACCAAAUCGACAAACUGUUCUGCCACCCGAAGGCUUGGAUAAGGUCUUCAAGACCAUUCCCAUCCGAAAAUUCCGUAAUCUUGGUGGAAAGCUAGGUCAUUCUCUAUCUGAAGAUCUAGGAGUAGAGUACAUGGGUGAUCUUUUACCCUACACAGAAAAACAGUUACAGAAGAGAUAUGGGGAAAAAUCUGGUACGUGGUUGUAUGGUAUAUGUCGAGGAAUAGAUGAUGAGCCUGUUAGACCUCGUCAGCUUGCCAAAUCGACUGGCUGCAGUAAAAACUUCACUGGAAAGAAUGCAUUGGAUACAAGAGAAAAGGUCAAGUACUGGUUACGUUCUUUAGCAGAAGAAGUUGAACACAGGUUACAGAGAGAAGAGGAAAUGAAUAAUCGUAUAUCAAAGCACUUGACAGUGUAUGUCCGCCAGGCUGGCAACCCUCCAACCACGGCCAGUAGGUCUUGUGGUGUCCAUCAUGUCAACAGUGAGAUGAUCGCCAAAGACUGCUUAGCUGUCAUACAGAACCUCAACCGCGCUGGCAACCAUCAAGCAGCAUGGUCCCCUCCCAUAAUAUGUCUUGGUAUAUCAGCUUCUAAGUUUGUGGACGGAGGAAGCACCAAGUCCGGUUCAAUUCAAAGCUUCUUAUCACCAGCGACAAGCAAACCGGCUACAACACUACUGCUAAACGAAAGUUCAAAGACCGCACAGGAUCAGACGUCUAAGAGUACGCUUGACAGAUUCCUCACUCAGUCAAGCAAAGGACCUAAGCUGGAGAACACAGUAGAGCAAAGUGGCUGUGAGAUUGUGGGGGAUCAAGAAGAGAGGAGGAAGUCCAACCCCAAAGACCAGGGGAUCAGGACAUUCUUUUCUCAGAAGAAAAGGACCAGUGAUGAAAAUGAUCCAAGGGGUUCUUCUGUAGCAUUCAUGGCAUCGCAUCAGAGAACCAUGACUUCUGUAGAAAGAGACAAAAGCAUGAUUCAUCAAGAUUCAAAGGCAACAUGUUUCUCUGGAAUGACCAGAGAUGAAGGUGCCAAUGCUGAAUCCCCAAAGGCAGGAUCCAGUCAAGGACAGUCAUUCUUCGCCAGAUUGCAGCAAAAGAAAGACAAAGAGAUUCAGGAAAAGAGAAACAGAUCUUUGAGACUAGGUCAGCCAAUCACCGAUUCUGCAGGAGAAGCUACAAGCUCGUCUCAUUUAGAGACAGACCCGACUGGAAACAGAGCUGGUUGUUCCCAUCAGGUGGAGGAUGAAGACAUUGAUGGAGAUGCUAAUCUGUUUCCUGAUUUCUCAAGUGAUGAGGAUUUUGAGGUAUCCCGUGCCUCAUCUUCAAAAGGAAGAGUAUUGUCUUCCAGCGUUUCAGAUCGUACUAAUAGACAUUGUUAUGGUGUAAAUCAAGGGCAUGUUAGUGAUGAAACAGGAAAGGGGAAACAAAAUAUAGCAAGGACAUUGGGGUGUAGCGAUGGCUCUGUCCCGGUGAAGGCUGAACCAGUCAGGACACCAGGUGAGGAUGAGAUCCUCUGUGAGAAAUGCCAUCAAAUCAUCUUAGUCUGGGACUACCCUGAACACCUAGACUUCCACGUGGCCCUAGAACUUCAGAAACAGGAUCAAGCAGAGUCCAGAAACACUGGACCAAGACCUGGGCAAACAAAUGGGACUAAGCCCAAACCUUCGUCUGUCAUCAAGAUUGGGAAGAAGAGAGGAAGGCCGCCUGGGUCAACCACUAAGAAUAAGAAGACAAAGCAGGGUGAUGGUCAUGGAAAUGGACCAGGGAGCAGUACUCUAAAAAGUUUUUUUAAACCAAAAUAAAACUCCAAUUAUAAGUGAAUUUUUAGGCAAUAUUCAAGUUCCUGUCUGCAUGUCUGGUCCAUAGUCGAAAUGGCUUUUUCAAACAAAAAUGAAAUUCCAGUUGUAUGUAAUUUCUUACAAUAUUCAAGUCGAUAUCUGCACACUGCCAUGGACAACUUUCAGUCUGGUUCAGUCCAGGGAUAUAUUUUUUUAAAGUGUGAAGUUAAAUUGAAUUUCUAAUAUUUAUCGAUGAGUCUGUAUACCGGUAAAUGUUUUUGUAAGAAAUUAAAUCUGGUUGACUUGGAACAAUAAUAAAUUUGUAUAGUACAUGUAGUCAUUUAUCUAUUUAUUGGGAUGAAUCUAAGUAAACAUAUCAGGUCUAUCAAAAAUUGUGUGUAUAUUUUUGUAGUUUGCCAUCAAAGAACCUUUUUUGAACAUGUAGAUGACAGUAAAAAGUCUGAAGUGCAAUAGCAAGCUUUUGUGGUCUGGAAUCAAGUGCAUUAUCUGCACAGAAAAUAAAAGAAAUUUAAUCUUUGUUUGGUAAGAUAAUUACCAAUUUAUUCAAAUUCAGUGCUUAAAAAUCAAGAUAUUUUCAUGUAUCAAUUAUGUCAUUGCCAUACAAAGUCAAAUCAUAACAGCAAUUAAAAUUGGAUGGUGGAAAUCAACUUCUUUAGAUAAGACUGAUUUAUAAUACUUCAGUUCAGAUUUUUUUUUCUCUCAAAAACAGUGAUUUUAUUCACUUUAGGGUUAUGAUGACUGAAGAUGUACUGCCAAAGAAAAUGAGUCAUUUCUACAUAUUGAUCGGGUAUUAUGCAAUGCACAAAUUUUUUUGAGUUUGGAGACACUUGGUCAUUUAAGCCUAAUGAACUUUUGAAUAUAUUUCAUCAUACCCACUUUGUUUGCAAUGAUAUACAAAUAAAAUAUCAGACAAUUUUAGUAGAUUUUCACAAAAAUAUUUCAUUUGAGCAAAUGUCUUUUAUCCCUCGUAGAGGCCCUUUUUUGUCACAAUAGCUUCUAUAAAGUCUUAUAGAUAACAAAGACUUGAGGGUUUAUGAAGUGACAAUUUCUGAAAAUUGUAGAAGUAUACAAUCUGGUGGAGGGAUGAAUUUUGACUACAAGUAGUUGAGGAUUAAAUAAGUUCAGAUUUGGACAAGUGAUGAUCAUAUUGUGCAGCUAUUGCGGCACACAAACAACUUACAAUGACAGAGAACCAUUGAUAUUACGCCAGAAAUUAUGUACCAGUCCUGACAAAAAAAAACAAUCUUGGUUCAUGAGAUGUUGAUAAUUUCUCUCUUGUGCUAUUUUGAAAGUGAAAUAGGAUUAUGCAAAAUAUAAUGAGAUGUAUGAUAGUAAAUGAAAUGAAAUACAAAUUCUUCUAUAGAUGUAUUGACCUUAUGAAAAUUAUGUGUAUCUCUUGGGAAUCUGUUAUUAAUUUGCAGUAGAUAAAGGAACAAAAUAUUAAAUUUCCUAGAAUUCUGUAUCUUUAAUCGAAGCUGGUCUUUGAAAAAUAUUUGAUCAGACCUGAUAGUACUAUUUUUGGAUUUGGACUGUCCUACUCGGUAGGGUUCUCAUGGUUGGUCUACUUCGAUCAACAUUGCCCUGGUUCUAUACACAAGUAGUAGGAACUUGUCCAGAAUAUGCAAGUAGGAGCCACAAUCUUGUCAAUCAUUCCUUAUCAAGAUGAUUGAUCAAGACCCCAUAUGGCAAUGAGUUGUCAUUGAUCAGAUCAAUCGUAUCUAUGGAAAGCCAGAAAUACCAACAUCUAGACUAUUCAUUCAGUGUUUUCCUAGUGUGAUUUAUGGUUCAUAUUUGUAAAGAAAACAUGCAUUUUUUUCUUGACAAAUAUAUGUGCUCCUUUUUGUUUCCAAAGGGAUAUAUAUAUUUCCUGUGUAAAGAAUUAUGACAUUGAUGGAUUUCCAUAGUUAAGAUUGAUGGGAUCAAUCAGAAAGUUGGAGUCCUCCUUAGACCUAGUGAGCUUGAUUAUUUAAAUUUGACCGAUUGACAAUGGGAUGACAUACUGAAAACCCAGCCUUAAAAAAUAUAAAUCAUUGAUGAAUAUUUAAUCAGUUAGAAAGGAUAAUGUUCAGAAUUGUAUAUUAUAUAUAUCACUUAGUGAUUAUUUAUAGAUGAAAUCAUUUAUUGAUUUAUAAUUUCAAUUUAAUUCAUUAUUGAAAAUAUGAACAAAGUAUUUCUCAGUCAAAUAUCCCCCAUCCUAAAUUCAUAAAGAUGGUUUAGAUAAAGGUUUCUUAUAUAAUGUAUGUAUAUACAUACAGUACCUAUAUAAUUUGCUCAAUUUAUUGGAGAGAUGUGUGUUUACUUGCAGUGUUUUCUUUUCAGUGCAUUUGAAUUAAUUUAAUUAAGUUAUAAUUUUUGCCCAUAUUUGAAAUUUGAUUCAUGAAAUUAGAAGACUUAUCUCCUUAGCAAUGAUAAUAAUAAGGGUUGGAUUCUAUUUUCAAGUGAAUAAGUCAACAAUGUAGUGGUUUCUCUGGCAUAUAUUGACAAGAUAAUAUAAUUGGAGAUGUCAGUUAAAAUUAUCUUCAGUUUCAAAAAUAGUUUGAUUUAUAGGUUGCAUGUGUGUGUUGAAUGUGUGCUUGUAUUGCCUUUUGUCAGAUGAGAGACCGCAAUUAGUAAAGGUUUAUUUCAAAUUGGAGUAAUGCCAACUCAUCCAAUUACCAACUCGUCUACUAUCAUUUGGUCUACCAUCAUUUCUUCCACUAUCCUCAUGGUCUAAUUGCCGUUUCAUCCACUCACCAUUUGUCUAAUGACCAUUUGGGUCCAAUAGCCAUCUUGUCUAUAUACCAUUUGGUCUAACUUCAAUUAGUGUUAUCUGGGCGAAAUGGAUGAAAAAGAAACGAGUAUUGGACCAACUGGUUAUGAGACGAAAUGGUAAUAGACGAACUGGUGAUUAGACGAAGUGACUAUUGA